GGACAAAAGGUAAACCAUUGGCAUGUGAAACUCAGAAGCAGGAUUCAGUGGGAGAGCGGCUGAUUAAAUUGCAGGCUCCAGGUGCAAAAGAUUCAGUGAGAGAAAUAAAGAAGGCAGAAAAAGAAGUAAGAAGAGGAGGAGGAAGAAAGGAGGAGUGGAGGAGGAUGACGAGGAGGAGGAGGAUGGAGAAAUGAGAAGCGGGUGGGAUGCUCCUGCGUAACGCGAGCGCUGUCCGUCCUUGAGCGCACUUGCAGGACGGAAACUCAUCCGACAAACACUACAAUUAUUGCGCAAGCCCAAUAACGCACACACACACACUCGCGCACGCACACACACACACACACACACACACGCGCUCGCAUCUGCAUCUCUUUUACAUGGAAGAGGAUUUGGGCUGCAGAAUUGCGCAGAGAAUUGCACAACGCCGUGUUCUGGGAAGGGAUUACGCAUCAUCUGAACUUCAUCCGUGAAAGGAGGAGGAGAUGUCUUGCUUUCAGUGCGAGCUGGAAUCCUGCAACAGAGCACGCAUGGACGGACGGAGCUCUUCUCACUUCUCACAAGAGAGAAUGUGGAAAUGAAGCCCAUCUAGCAACCCUCGGAAAUCUGACGGACAUCAACAUCGGAAAUUUUUACAACUUGAGCAUGAGAAACCAUAUGGACGUUCAAGAUGAUUCCUGGUUCCUGGCAAAAUUCCCGUGAGUAAAGCUAGAGCAAACCAUUUAAAGUUAAUGGACCUGCCUCACAUCCGGUUUGCAUCAGCGGGACACCUUGUUCAGGGACGAGAAAAGUGACGAGAGAGAAGACCCCCAGUCAGGAAAAAACAAUUGUGUUUUUUUUUUCCGAACGACAUUAAACAUUUCCUAUUUAUUCUGGCUUCCGAUUAAAGCAUGAAUAAAGAAAACCAUAUGUAGAGAUGUCUCCACCAGCUGUUGGAUUUCUGAGCCAGAUUUUCAGGUUAAUAAAUUCUGAGGUAAACUUGUUCAAAGUGACUUUUACAUCCUGAACCAGGAGAGAGUCCACGCCCAUUUUCACCCCCCCCCAGCUUUCGCAAAUGAUAGAACUCAUUUCGGGAGGAAGAAACUGAAUACGCAGUGGAUGAUUGUCCCACUAAUGAACUAUGAAAUCGUUUUGGUGUCGAUGCUGACAGACUCCACCUCCUUCACCCGCUCACCCCGCCCCAAACUCCCUGUCCUGGUCCAUCCUAGCACUUCACACCAUGCUCCUCCCGGUCUGCCUGUUUUUUCAAUGUGUGCUCAUCGCUCUGGGCCAGUAUGACAUCUGUAAGUCGCUGGUGAGCACGGAUGACGGGCCCACGUGGGAGCAUUAUGCAUGUCAGCCUCGACCUGCUGCCAUGAAGGACUUCAUGCAGAUCCGAGUGGAGCCGCCAGACAUCACGUGCGGAGACCCACCUGAGCGCUUCUGCACUCUGGAAAACCCAUACCUGUGUAGCGAUGAAUGUGACGCGUCCACUCCGGACCUGGCCCACCCACCACAGCUGAUGCAGGAUCGUGAGAGUACUAGCCUCAUCACCUACUGGCAAACGGUGACAUGGAGCCGCUUCCCAGAGCCACUUCUAGCUAACAUCACACUCUCAUGGAACAAGAGCCUGGAGGUGACGGACGACAUCGAGAUCACCUUUGAAUAUGGUCGUCCCACUAUCAUGGUGCUGGAGAAGUCGAUGGACAAAGGCCGAACCUGGCAUCCAUACCAGUACUAUGCUGACGACUGCACGGAAGCGUUCGGCAUGCAGCCCAAGAAGGUGGAACAUCUUUCAGCAACCAAUGUGACUCGGGUGAUCUGCACUGAGCAGUACUCACGCUGGGUGGGCUCCAAGAACGAGAAGAUUGUGCGAUUUGAGGUUCGGGAGCGCUUUGCCAUUUUUGCAGGGCCCAGGUUGCUCAACAUGGACAACCUGUUCACACGCAUGGAGAGCUUGAAAGGUUUGAGAGAUUUCUUCACGUUCACGGACUUGAAGCUACGGCUGCUGAGGCCUGCGCUUGGAGGAACUUAUGUGCAGAGGGACAACCUGCUCAAGUAUUUCUACGCCAUCUCUAAUAUCGAGGUCUACGCCAGGUGCAAGUGUAACCUUCACGCAGGACAGUGCACGUUCCGCGACGGCAGCCUCCAAUGUGACUGCGAGCACAACACCACGGGGCAGGACUGCGCUCGCUGUGAACGAGGCUUCAAGGCCAAGUCGUGGAAGCCUGGCUCGUACCUGCCCACUCCCAAUGGAUCUCCCAACACCUGUGAAGCGGCAGGUACACUUGGCACUACCUCAGCAUCGGAUGUGGUCACUGCAGUAUCUGACGAGGCUGUCAAUGCGACAGAUGAUGUCACGCCAAUGACUGCAGUGUUGAGCCGAGAAACGACUGCCUCGCAAAAUCAAGCAAGCGACUCAAGCUCUCGAUUGUUCACUACUCUUGCUCCUGGAGUAUCUCGUGGAGUAUCUCAGAUAACAACCACAGUUACACCAACAGAUGGAGUUGCAUCAACACCAAACCUGUCUGUCCUAGCAACUAAAUUCAUUGAGGCCCAAACACCCAAUGUGGAAGAGGAUCCAGUAGUUUCUCCUUUGGGUGCAACCCUGGUAACAGAUGGAUCUGUUUUAGUAACUGAUACAGUAACAGCAGUUAUAAAUAAAGUUUCUCCUUCAACCUGUGUAGUGACCUUGAUAACAGAAGCUGUUGCUCAAGCAAAUGAUGUGCUCACUCCAGUAGAUGAUGUGAUUGCCUCAGCAAUGGAUGCUGCUUCUCCCAAAACUAUUUCUGCCACUCUGGCAACUGAUGAAGUUGCACAAACAACAAAUGAGAUGAAUGGCACACUUAUUCCAGCAACUUGUGCGAUUGCCCUUGUGUCAGAAAUUGUCCCUUUAUCGACAGAUGCCGUAACACUGGCUCUUGAUGGAGCCAUUCAGAGACCUGGUGCUGCCUUAACAACCAAAACAAUGGCUCCUACUAAAAAUACACCUUCAUCUGAUCUUCGUACAACACCUCCAACAAGUUUGCCUGUAAUUCCAGUACCAGAAUCUGCUGAAGCUACUUCCCCUAAGGCACCUUCACUUGAUAGUCUUACUUUGCAAGCUCUGGUGCCUGAGACUAAAACCUCUGAAUUAUUUGUACGGAAAGCUCCUUCUCCUGAUGUGAGUCUCCCUGAAACUCCUCCUCUUGAAGUUGCUGUACCUGCAGCCCCUACUCUUAAAGCUCCUCCUCCUAAAAUUGUUGCACCUGAAGAACCUCUACAGAAACCUGCAUCUAAAUUGAAUUCUCUUGGUUCUGCUUUUUCUCCUGAAGAUCUUCCUGAAUCUCCUGAACUUAAUGCUGUAGGUCCUAAAGCUCCCCCUACAUCUACAGCUGUUUUCCUUCCUAAUGCACUUCUUCCUGUUCCAAAGGCUAAAAAUAGGAAAAGUGAUAUGCCAUCUAUAGAUGAAAAAGAGAAGGCAGAACCUGCUAAAUCGGGAGACCAAGGCAAAGAGAAUAAGAAGCCAGUAUCUUCAAAUGCUAAGGAGGAAACCGAGACUCAUAAACUCGGGAGGAAGCAUUCCAAAGAGGACAAGAAAGGGAUGGAAAAACAUAAGGAAAAAGAGUUUGAGAGGAAAGAGCAUGGGAAGAAAGUCAUUCAAAGGCUUUUGAUACCCGGUGGUCCAAGAACUCAGUUGACGAGGAUAGCAUAUGUCAGAUCUGAAGACUGUGAGUGCUACGGCCACUCAAACCGCUGCAGCUAUAUUGACUUUAUCAACAUUGUAACUUGUGUAAGCUGCAAACACAACACUAGAGGGCAGAACUGUCAGCACUGUCGCCUCGGAUACUUCAGGAACGCUUCAGCCGAGCUGGACGAUGAGAACGUUUGUAUAGAGUGUAACUGCAAUCAGCUGGGCUCUUUACAUGCUCGCUGCAACGAGACGGGUUUCUGCCAGUGUCGAGAAGGCACCACGGGCCAGAAGUGUGAAGACUGUUUGCCUGGAUACAACUGGAAACAAGGCUGCGUUGAAAACGUCUGUGACGACGAGAUUCAAUACUGUCUGAACGGUGGAACGUGUUAUCAGAAUCAGAAGUGUAUUUGUCCACCUGACUUCAAGGGCGUCCUGUGUGAGCAGGCGCGCUGCGAUGGUGAGAAAGGCUGCAACGGCAGUCCUGCCUGCUACCUCAGCUUCAUAACUGUGCUGUUCUGCUUCCUCGCCAACAGCGUGCUCAAAGCCAGUGCCUAGUGAUCUAGUGCUCGCCUCGGUCCUAAACCUCGGCCCUAAACCUCGGUCCCGCACUGUCAGCCUGCCUCGGACUGAACCAUGCGGACAGAGGAGGGGUCACUGCAGCCCCUGCUGCCCUGAGGGGGCCACAUGGUGCUGAGAUCUUCUGGGCCGGAGUAUGUUUUUAGGGCAGCGCGCAGUCCCGGGUUAUAGUCGCCUUCACACAGAUGAGAAGCUGCUUGCUCAUUUCCUUGCAUCCCUUAACACUUGAGCAGAGAAAAGUAUGAACUAUGAGACAAAACGAAGAAACGGCAAAUCACUCUAAAGAAAAAAGUGUAUAUAAAUAUAUAUAUAAAUAUAUAGAUGAGUAUAUAAAUAUUGUUAUAUAUUUUUUUUCUUCAUUCGUCAUUCUUGUAGUUGUGAGUUGUUAUUAAGCUCACUGAGAUUGAUUUAUUGCAUUUAUCUGGGGUUUCUGUAUAGCAGUGUUUAUUACACAAGCCUUCUCAGGCCAAGGUUAUUUACACUUCUUUUUGAAAUACUUUACCACAUACUUUAUAGUUUGGUGUAUGUUUUCAUGCAGUUGACCUGAAUGGACAGGAUGAAAAGGUGUUAAGUGUCUGUGCUGCCAAAGGAGAGAAUAUUGUUGUAGUUUAUGUAGAUUAUGUUUAUAUAUGAAAUCCAGA